AUGUCUGCAGCCUCUCAUACUUCCUCGAAGUCCCAUCGGUCUUCUUCAUCUGAUGGGGAAAGUAAAGAGAUUGGUAUUUAUACUGUUGGUCAAGAAAUCGGUAAAGGAUCUUUUGCCACAGUUUAUAAAUGUAUCAAUAACAAAACCCAUGCUUCAGUUGCCAUUAAAUCAGUGGUGAGAUCUAAAUUGAAAUCGAAAAAAUUGAUUGCUAAUUUAGAAAUUGAAAUCUCAAUCUUGAAAACUAUGAAACAUCCUCAUAUUGUGGGAUUAUUAGAUUAUAAUCAAUCAAAAUCUCAUUUCCAUUUGGUUAUGGAUUAUUGUUCCAUGGGGGAUUUAUCAUAUUUUAUAAGAAAAAGAGAUCAGCUCAUCAAGACUCAUCCAGUUAUAUCUUCUUUAUUAGAAAGAUAUCCUUCUCCUGAAGGCUCACAUGGUUUGAAUGAAACUUUGGUUCUUCAUUUCUUAAAACAAUUGAGUUCGGCUUUGGAAUUUUUAAGAAGUAAAAGUUUGGUUCAUCGUGAUAUUAAACCUCAAAAUUUAUUAUUAUGUCCUCCAGUUCAUUCAAAAUCAGAUUUUGAAAAAGGUCAAUACGUUGGUUUAUGGGAAUUACCAAUCUUGAAAAUUGCCGAUUUUGGUUUUGCCCGUUUCUUACCUUCAACUUCAAUGGCUGAAACCUUGUGUGGUUCUCCUCUUUAUAUGGCUCCAGAAAUUUUAAGAUAUGAAAAAUAUAAUGCCAAAGCUGAUUUGUGGUCGGUCGGUGCAGUACUUUAUGAAAUGACUUGCGGUAGACCCCCUUUUAAAGCUGCUAAUCAUAUUGAAUUAUUGGCAAAUAUUGAAAAAGCUGAAGACCGUAUAAAAUUCUCUGCUUCGGCAAAAGUUCCUGAAUCUUGUAAACGUUUGAUUAGAUCUUUAUUAAAAUAUAAUCCAACUGAAAGAAUCUCUUUCCAUGAAUUUUUUAAUGAUCCUUUAAUCACUUGUGAUUUGGAGAGUAAUGAUGAACCUCUCGAAACGUCGGAAAUGGAUGAAAACUUAUUCAUUAGUGAAUAUAUUUCACCAAUUAAACCUUCUGAAAGAUCAAAGCCGUUACAACCAAUUGGUCCAAUGACUCCUGCUAAAAUCCAAUCUCAUAAUGAUGAUGAUACAAGCCCUCGAUCAGCAACUAAUAAACAUAAGGAUAAUAUUCCAAUUCCAAAAUAUACUUCGUCUUCUUCAAGAGAUGAAGAAAUCAAAAAAAUCAUUAAUAAAAAUAGUCCUGAUCCUGAAUCAAUUAAUGAAUCUAUUCAUAACAAUAAACAGAGAUCAGGUCGUAAUAAAGACGAAUUGGUUUUAGAAAAAGAUUAUGUUGUUGUUGAAAAAAGGGUGGUUGAAGUUAAUGCAAUUGCUGAUGAAUUACAAAGCGCAGGUAGUGGUGCUGUUGCUAUUAAUCCACGUCGUAGACAACCUUCAAGUAUUGAUAAUCAACAGGUACAAAAGCCUCCAUUGAAUCCUUUAUUCAGAAGAUCAUCUUCGAUGAGGUCUAAUUCUGCUGAAAGUCAAAGAAGAGGGAGUUUUCAAGAUAGAAGAAUAUCAAUUUCAAUUUCACCAACUAAUGCUUUGACAAAAGCUAUUGGUUUGGCUUCAAAUAGAUUAUUUGGUGCUAAUGCUAAUACACAUGCGACUGAUAAUCUCAUAGAUACUACCAAUGAUAAAUUGUUAAAUUUACCAACUUCUACAACUAUUGCAAAUGCUUCGUCGUCAAAACUGCCUUCACCUCAACCUGUAUUAUCUCCCGAUAUGCAAGUCUUAAAUACAUUAGAAUCGUUGGCUACGAAGGCACAUGCUGUUAAUUUGUUUGCUGAUGUUAAGUUCAGCCAAUUAAUCCCUUCACCCCCAUCUUCAGAUGGAGUGGAUGAUGAUAUACUUCAUCAAAAUGAUAUUUUACCUCCUAAAAUGGUAAAAGCCAUUAGUGAAGAAGGUGUUGUUUUAUAUGUUAAAACUUUAUCAUUGUUAGCUAGAGGGAUGGCUGUGGCUAGUGAAUGGUGGUAUGAUCAAUUUGAGAAUAAAGCGCAAAUGGAAACUAGUGGUGAAAACCCAGCUUCUCAGGCUUUAAUGAAACAUUCUAAUAGUAUUCCUAAAAUUAAUGAGCUUGUUCAAUGGAUUAGAGAAAAGUUCAAUGAAUGCUUAGAAAAAGCUGAAUUUAUUAGAUUGAGACUACAAGAAGCUGAUCAUACAAUCAGCAAAGAAGCGAAUACCUCGGGAUUUUCGCCAUCUUCUAAUUCUUCAUGGAUCAAAAAUAAUCAAAGCUUAGAGAACUCUGGAGUAAUUGCUGAAAAAUUAAUUUUUGAUCGUGCUUUAGAAAUAUCCAGGAAUGCAGCCGUUAAUGAAUUGGUUAAGGAAGAUUUAAAAGGCUGUGAAUUAGCUUAUAGUACUGCUAUUUGGAUGUUGGAAGCUCUUUUGGACGACAGCUCUUCAGACGAAGAAAAAUUGGACGAUGAUGACAGAGCAAUGGUUGAAAAAUUCAUCGUCAGUAUUGGCAAUAGACUUUCUGUUUUAAAGAAAAAAAUCGAAUUACUUUAA